GUACGGCUCUAUGGAGCCGUCUGCCUGGGAGUCAUUGGGGACUGCGCCAGCCCGGCUGCCCGCGACAAGGUCAGUGCCCUCCCGCAGGCGGCGGCUGCUCACAACUAGCAUCGGCUCCGGGCCGAAGGACGGGUUCGGAUGGGUCCUGCCGCCCGCAUCUACUUGAGAUGUUUAUCCUGCUUGAAUUUGUGAACUUCUUGGGUUUGUGGUUUGUUUGGAUUACUUCUACUGAACUAUAUUCAGGUUCACUGAUUCUUUCCUCUGCUGUGUCAAGACUCCUGAUGAGCCUGACAAAGCGUCAUCAAAAAGUCAGAAAAGGGGCUAAAGAUGGAGCACCAGGAGAUAGGAGCGCUUCCCAGAAGGUAGCUGAGAAGAUGCAGGAGCUUCUCUCUCUCAUGAAAAGCCAGGGCUGGCUUCCUCAGGAGGGAAGUGUGCGGCGGAUCCUUUGUGCAGACCCCUGCUGCCGCGUCUGCAAUGCUGUGGCUUGUGAGAUUCAGCAACUUCUGGAGAGCAAGAACAUUUCAUCGGGGGCAUCACAGGUCUCUUCUGGCCUAGAAAUGUCCAUGUCUAGUGGCUCUUUUGAGAACAGUAUGGAGCAGCCUUCCCAGCAGUCUAGAGAGCUUUCACUGGCAUCCCUAACCUCCACACUGUCACAAUUAACAGAUCAGGAAUCCUUAACCCAGACAGCUGCCCAGUCACUCAGUAUCCUCAGCAUCCAAGAUUACUUGGCUAAACACUUGAAUCUAGGACAGGGACUUCCACCAUCAGAUGUGCCCAGAGGCAUAGAGUCUGUGACUUCUUCAAGGCUUGAGGAACCUAAGGUUGCAGUGAACCACCAGAAGGUGAAGGGAAACUCUGAGACUGUCCAGGGGAACCAAGGCCAGCAACCUCUAAAAUCCCAAGUUCCUUUGCUGCCCCUGAACCCAGAGCUCACUAACAUGACACAUCCUAUGGCUUUGCAUAUGGCCACUGUCCUCCCUGCCCACCUGCCUUUCCUCAGUCCUGAAGUCCUGAGGCUUCUUGAGUUACAUGUCAGAAAAUGGAUGCAUUUCCAGAAAUGGGGGCUCCCCAGACGUGUGGAGGAGUCCCUGAGGCAGCUUAUGCCAGACCCACCACUGUUUCACCAGCCUGGAAAUAACCACCCAGUUUCUUUCAUCCUGAAUGAUAUUUCUAAGGCCUCUGUUGAAAAACUUGGGACCAUUUCCCACCAGACCUGGGGUUCAUGUAUGACCGGCCAGCCCAUCCAGGCCUUCUGGGUUUCUGAAUGGUCCAUUACAGACCCAGAACAAAGACACCACCGACAGCAAACCUCAAACUCUAUGGCUCUGGCCUUGCCCUCUCCAGCCCUUAAAGUCCUAAAGGGCAUGUGUCCACUGCCUCAGGGACACGCUGAUGACUCAGGGGGUCAUCUGCAGCAGAAACACAGCCAGUUAUUCUGUGGCCACCCUUCUCUGCACAGUGAGUCCUUGGUUGCCACCUUCUUGGGUUCUCAAGGCCUCUCCACGAACAGGAAUAUGUCCAGGCCCCCCUUGCAUGUUCCUUUUCUUUUCAAUGAGCUCUCCUUCCUGCCGCUGCUGCCAAAAACUCCACCCCACUCACCCCCUCCUUCUACCCCACCUCCCUCACGUUGGGCCUCUGCACCUGAUCAUCAACAAGCCCAGGUGAGUGUCCCAUUUCUGACUCUGGCUGAGUGUGAAGCCUUGGAGUGGCACCUGCUGCAGAGACAGCUCCAACUUCAGUGGGGUUUGCCAGCUGUUUUCCAGAGAACUCAGUAUGCCCACCGUGCUGAGCACUGUGACACAGACUACUGUGACACAGCCCAGUCUCCUGAGGCCAUAGACCCUCCCUGGCCAGGGAAAAACAUCUCAGUCCUCACAAGAGAACUCCUCUUCUUCCCAGACCAUGCCAGGAGGCUGCUGGAAUUCCACCUCCAGAAGCAAUUGAUCCACCAUCACUGGGGCCUGCCCCAGAAGAUCCAGCAGUCCAUUCAGUUGCUCCUGUCCCACACUGACCAGCAGGCCCUGCCCUGGGACAGCACCGCCCUGGCCACUGUUGGUGUCUCCCAGCCUGCAGCCCCAGAGGCCAAUGCGUCUACUGAUCUUUUCUCACCCAACACAGCCCCAGUGUGGUACCCCACGCCAUACUUGCUCACCAAAGCCAAGACAAUAUUGCAGAGCCACAUCGACUCCAAAUGUAGGCAGAUCCUCCAGGGCACUGUCCCUGCCCUUGUGGCUAGCUCCUGGGACUAUAGAAUUCCUGGGGGCCUGGCAGUGGCUCCCUUACCCUGCAUUCCAGAAAGCAAGCCUGGGGAGCUGCAGGCAGCAACUGAUCCUGACCUACCUGGGGACGCUAUUCCCUGGAUGCCAACAGCCCUUGAUUGCCAGCAACAGGCCUCACCAGAUAUCAUCACUGAACACCCCAAGCUGCCCCGAGCCCUGUCCGAGGUAGCCAUUGAGAAACUAGAGACGACUUUACGGCACAAAUAUUUGGCCUUCUUGUCAGGGCUGCCUACUCUUUAUUAUGUGGCUCUCUCCAGGGCCAUGAUCCCAGCAAUCGCUAGUCAAUGUACAAUCACAGAGAUGGUACCUGAGCCUGUCAUGUGCCCAACAGAGCCUCAGACUCAGACAAUCUCGUGUGAAGACCAGCGUAUAGGUCCUGAGCCAGACUUUGAAGAUCCCAAUGAGACUUGUGCAGAGUUCCAGACUGAAGUGCAGGAGGAAGGUGCAAUGGAGAUAGUGCCUCCAGAGUGCCAGGAAGAUCCUGUUAGCUCCUACUCGCUCAAGACAGCCAUCUUGACCAAACUAAAUUUCCAUCUGAGAAAAAAGGCCCUGGAGAUACAAUUGGGAAUUCCCAUAAAGGCAAGGGAGUCCAGGGAACAAACUGUAGCAGUCCCAGAGAAGAUAUCCACAAAGGAGCCUCUUGAAGAGAGUCUGAACAGCCAAGGGAAAACAUUGCUCCAGGAACUCCCCAUCCCACCAGACGCUCCAUAUGCCCCAGACCCACAAUUGUCCCACCUGAAAGAAAGGCUGGCCAUUGAGCUAAAGGCUGUGCGGCAGAGCCAAAAGCAAGCUAGUUCCAGAGAAAUACCCCAUGGUUCUGCCCACUGGAACUCCAAGAUCUCACAGCCCAGUGGGGACAGGACAGAGGCCCAGGUGCUUUGUGUUCAGAUGGAAGCCAGAGUGAACAGCCCCAGCCUGGAGAAAGCAUGGAGCCCUGAACCCCACAGCCCUGGCAAGAGCAAGGACUCAGACCAAAUUUGCACGUUGACAGUGAAGAGAGAAGAUCCAGGGAAACCCAAAACAGCAGGGGGCCAUGGAGAAGGGGAUGCAGGGUUUGGGCUCUACACAACUGGAGAAAAAAGACACCCUGCUGAAGACCAGAGGCCAGCAGGGACGCUUCUGAACAGGACACACCGAGGACCCCGGCGAUGGAGCCAUAGCUUACCUCGUGCUGUUCCCGAUCAGCACAGCCCCCAGCAUCACCCUCAGUUGAAGCUCCCAGAGCAACCUCCAGGAGUCCCUGGGGAGAAAGCAUCUGAAAAGAAUGACCUGCAAGACAAUCAAAUCAAGCUAGGUGUCAUCAGCAAAGCAGCAAGGAUUCCUGAGACUGCCCAGUGUACGGUGCCCCAGGCUUCACAGACCCAGCCUUUCCUGGACCAGCUAAUUCAGGGGAAGCCUCUGCAUGGUCAGAUUUUGCAGGGGCCAGUGACGGUAGCCCAUGCUCACAAGAGCCCCAGCCUUCCAGAAUCUGGCUUGAGAAAUAAGAUGAAACGCUUUCUGCACUGUAUUAACCCCAAGGCGAAAGGCAAAGGGCACGAGGAGUCCAUUCUUUCUGCAGCUGAGAAAGUAGCCAAAACCAGGAAAAAAAAUGUUGAAAAGAUCUCAGCCACUACCAAAGACCCUGUGGUACGAGCUAAGUCCAAGAAGACAGCAGGGGACCCCAACUCCCAGUCUCCACGUACUGAGCUACAGGUGGGCCUGGCCUUGGAUGGCCCUCAAUCUCGAGACAAUCAGCUCUGGCACUGCUCCCGUCAGGUCUGCUCUGCCUCAGGCCUGAGCCAAUCCCGCCACUGCCCUCGGCACUUUCCUCGAGUGGCUUGUGCCUCCCAAUCAGGUAAUCUACCAUAGGUCCCAAUUCUCAUCUCAGAGGAAAUGCUGAGAUGACCCAGUGCCACCAAGGAGAGUUUGUAAGCUCCCAAACCUCUGUGUCUCUUGAAGAGGACUGCUAUUGUCAUUUUCAUUAAUGUGUGGGUGGAAAACCAUAUACUCUAUGAAAACUAUAUACUCAGAAAACAAU